AUGAAGAGAAGGGCACCCAUGGAGUUGGUCGAGAGUGAUUUACUCAUGGACAGGAUUGCCACGGACAUCUUGGGAGAACUUCCAAUGACAGACGAUGGCAAUAAAUACAUAUUGGUGGUAUCGGACUAUUUUACGAAAUGGACCGAGUCUUUCCCUAUGCCGAACAUGGAAGCCAAGACAGUGACAGUGGCAAAGGUUAUUGUUGAAGAAGUAAAAGCCCGGUUUGGUGUGCCAUCAGUUAUUACUCUGACCAAGGUCGACAGUAUGAGAGUGCGCUAUUUGAAGAGAUGUGCCAGGGCUUCCGUUCACAAGACAACUGGCUACACUCCCAAUUACCUGAUGUUGGGACGAGAAGUGUCAACACCGCUUGACAUCAUGUUCGAGAUGCCCAGAUCAGUGCAGCACAUUCCCAAAGACAAGUGGGCCUGGGAAUUAAAAGAAACCAUGGAGAUUAGAAAGGCAGGUCGCUCGCCAACGUUUACCAGUUACUGGCGGGGUCCUUACAAGGUGCUUUCAAAGAUGACAGAUCUUACCUACAACGUUGACCGUGGGUGUGCUGGAAAACCACAAGUCAUUCAUGUCGACAGAAUGCGUCGUAGGUACCCUCAGACGUUGCAAGGUGAAACGCCUGAUGAUGAGAGAACAGCACCAGAGGACGUCCCCAACCUCUAG